AUGCCAAAUCUCCAGUGUCUGCGCCUGGGGCCUGCUUUGACACAGCGAAGUGAAAUUAUCGGGAUGGUUCUUCGUUCCGCCAUCUUCAAGCCCGUAGACUACGGGCUACCGGACUUUCGGCAUCUCCAACAUGUGUCAUACCUCCUCAAAGUAGGACGUGACUACGCGCGCGACCACGAGGUCAAAAACACCGCUGACCUUCUGCCCUUCUUCUAUCUAUCAAAUGUCAAAAGUCUCUCGCUCGCCGUCGACAGUCCUCUCGCGAUAACGUGGCCAAAGCCAAAAUUGCCUAUCCCAUCAAGCCUCACAUCGCUCGUUUUCCACACCGUUCGGGAGAACCAUCUCAGGGAUCUACUUUCAAUCACGCCGCAUUUGAGAUCAUUGCAGUGGAAGUUCUGGUACGACAGCGGUCUUCUCGAUGCAGUCAAUUCACCAAUCGUUGACCUUGAUCGGAUUGGUGAUGCGGUAUCUUGUCUUAAGGACACUUUGAGUGACCUGAAAAUACUAGGCGAAGUUUAUUUGGGAGGAGACGGCGAUAUUAAUCUCCCUGCUAUCAAGACAGAGGGCUCAUUGAGUGCAAUGGUCGUGAUGGACAAUCUGAAGACACUUCAAGUCCCAUGGGCAUUCCUGGUGGGAUUUGCACUAGACACGACGAAACGCCUGCAGGAUGUACUCCCAAAAUAUCUUGAACAUCUCACCAUCACCUGGGAUUUGUGUCUACAAAAUGAUGAGGACGUGGUACCAGAUUGGCCUCAGUUCGAGUGGGCGGAUCACCACAUUAUGAAGGUGCUAAAAUCAUGGCUCGAGGACCGAGAAACGUUCACGCCGAAUCUUCGCAGGAUCACUUUGGGACUAGUUAGAUACGAGACUGACGAGUAUGACUGGGAACCUUCGAUGAGGCAACGGCUCGCAGAGCUGGGUGCUCAUGCUGGAAUUGUGUUUGACAUAAUAUUCACAGACGAAGUGAUUCUCCCAGAUGAAAUGUGA